CUGCAAUUCCCACGCCGCUUCAACACACACGCCCCAGGAAAGAAAGCCUCAGGGAAUAGGAAAAUUCAUAGCACCAGGAGCACCCAACCUACCUAGGUACUUAACCUUGCAUAGGUAGUUGCACCUACCGCCGAAGCAGCACCCAGCACCUACCUUCUAUACAUACAUCCAUCGCAAUCCACCUACCUGCCGACCAACCCCUAGUCAGUUGCUUCCUUUCCGCGGGUCUGCCUACCAAUCCACCAAUCUACCAAUCUUGUGCCAAUCUUAUUGAGAAGCUCUCUUACCUCUUACUUCUUCUUCUCUUUUUAGUCCCCCCUGCCAGCUCCAGUCCCGCCCCGUCUUCCUCGACUCCUUCUCUUAUCCGCUGAUACUUUUUUUUUUCCUCGAUUCCUUAUUACAAUUCAAUUCUUUGUGAUAUUGCAUUUUUCUAUUCGUUAUCGAGUAUUCUCCAGUCUCUCUUCGGUCUUCUUCUCACCGCCGUCGCCUAUCGAGGUUCAGACUUAAGACAUCGGGUUUCCCUCUAAGCCUCAUAGCCCCUCUAACCUCGCUUUUAUUUUCUUUUUUUUCUUCCACGCCCUUUUUUUACUGCGAGUCGAAACGGCCGAUAGCCGCCGACCUUCUCCAAGAUUACUCGCGAUAAGACAGCUGCUGAAUCAGGGACAUCAACAUAUCGUUCCUGCUCCUGCACAGGAGCUUAGCAAGUGAAAAUGGUGGUUGCAACAAUCAAGUGCGUGGUUGUCGGCGACGGUGCUGUUGGCAAGACUUGCUUGCUCAUUAGCUACACGACCAACAAGUUCCCCUCUGAAUACGUCCCGACGGUCUUCGAUAAUUAUGCCGUCACGGUUAUGAUAGGAGAUGAGCCCUAUACACUGGGAUUAUUUGAUACCGCUGGUCAGGAAGAUUAUGAUCGUCUACGCCCUCUAUCAUACCCGCAAACCGACGUCUUUUUAGUGUGUUUCAGCGUCACAUCGCCCGCCUCCUUCGAAAACGUUCGAGAAAAAUGGUUCCCUGAAGUCCACCACCACUGUCCUGGUGUACCCUGCUUAAUCGUCGGCACUCAAACAGAUUUAAGAGACGACCCUAGCGUUCGGGAGAAGCUUGCUAAGCAAAAGAUGCAGCCAGUGCGCAAAGAGGACGGAGAACGAAUGGCGAAAGAGUUAGGAGCAGUUAAAUAUGUGGAAUGCAGUGCUUUGACGCAAUACAAGCUGAAGGACGUUUUCGAUGAGGCGAUCGUUGCAGCACUGGAACCUCCUGCGCCGAAGAAAAAGCCGCAUAAGUGUUUAAUUCUUUAAUGCCGUUCCUCCUGGACGGUUGGCAUACCCAUUACCUUCAUUCUUUGCACAUUAUUGUCACCAUUCUGGCCCUCUCCCCCCGGCCAAAUAUUGGAAGGUACAAGGACAUGUCAUUGGGCAUCUUUCCACAACAUCUGCUUUUUCCGUAAGGGGGCGAUCUUUUAGACAUGUGCGCUUGUAAUACGACCACAAGCGGAUAGGAUUCAGAAUGAAUCAAUUGCGCGGUAUAGCAUACCGCAAGAGUGAGGUACCAUUGGAACAGCUGGAAGCAGAGAUUCUCGACCGGAGCUUCAGAUCUAGGUUGAUCGAAAGGAGGGGAAGGCCCGUAACAGCCCAGCACUUCUCGAGGUCCGGAUAUAGGAACAGAGGCAUACCACCAAUGCGGACAGAGGGGUUCAGCUUGCGAUAUGAGAAGCAAUACUUCCCACUACGACUUUUACUUUCCCUCCGGACAAGAACUUUGAGAGUCACACUCACCCUGAUUCUGUUUUCUCUUUUUCUUACUACUUUCUAAGCAGCCAGGGUUUGGAGGGGAAAUUCAUGAACGCAGGCAGGACUUUGAUAGGAUUGUGUUUGGCGAUCGGAGUGCAUCUGAAUUGAUUUGAUCGUCUUCCUCGAUCUCGGUGCCUCGUAAUGUGACCUUGAGAAGAUUGCGAGCCCGUAUUAGGUACAUAAUUCAGAUUUGAGUAACUCACCCCCCUG